UUUUGACCAUGUCGGCGGUCGUUACUCAGCCACAGGCCGGGGAGAAGGGUCAGGAAUUCGCUAUGAUGACCGCACCACCCCCAACAGUCGUCGUUCCAGCCGGUCUCCCGCCGGGUUUGGCGUAUCUUGGGGCUAUUGAAGAAGUACGGGUACAUCAACAAAUGGAACUGAUUGAAGUGUUGGUUGGAUGGGAGAAAAACAACCGAUACAGAAUCUGUAAUACAUCGGAACAGCAGUUCAUGUUUGUAAAAGAAGACACGGACUGUUGCACUCGACAGUUUUGCGGGACGGCGCGACCGUUUGUGAUGAACAUCACGGAUAACGACGGUCAGAACCUGAUACAGCUUCACCGGCCGUUCCGUUGUCAAGGCAGCAUGUUUUGGUGCUGCUGUCUACAGGAGAUGGAGAUCCAUUCACCAGCCGGGGUUCCCAUAGCAACCAUCAAGGAAAUUUGGACGUGCUGGACACCACGCUACAAAGUGUUUGACAUGAACGGAACUCCGCUGUUCACCAUCCUCGGUGAAUGCUGCUACUGCAAAUGCUGUUCCGACGUUAUUUUCAAGGUUUUCAGUGGCGAAGAUGAGUCGGUGGAGACUGGACAGAUCAUCAAACACUGGGGCGGCUGCAGGGAAGUGUUCGGAGCAGCUAACGACUUUACUCUGCGUUUCCCAUCUGGCAUGGAUGUUUUGACGAAGGCAAUUCUUCUUGGAGCAACAUUUCUCAUCGACUUCAAUUACUUUGAGUACAGGAGGAAUUGAUCUGCAGUGUUGAAACAAUAUUCUAUAAAACAUAUUCUAAUAAUUGUGUAGUGUUGAUAUGCAGUGAUGAAACAAUAUUCUAUAAAAAAAAAAUGUUUAGGUAUUGUGUUAUGAUUUAUAGUACAUAUAUACGUUUAAAUUAACUGUUCAAAAUAGUACCGGGUAAUGUUUAUGGUGCUCAGCUGAGAUCUUAACUGCAUAUAAACAAUUAUUUAUUGACAAAGUGACCUUGAGAUAAAUGCCAAUGUGAUAGCAAGAUUGAUUUUAAACCUUAUACAGUAUGUUGGUUGUUAUUUGUUGUUGUUUUUUAUUUGUUUGUUUUGUUUGUUUGUUUGUGUGGGUUUUUUCCACGUAUGGCAGACACAAUCUGGUUAUAUACCCUGUACAGUGUGUGGGUUUUUCUGCAGUGUUGAGCAUGAUGUUGAUAUUUUUAUUCCUUUUUAUACCAUCACUUAACACAAGGCAAACGGAUCCGUUUUUACAAAUUGUAAUCAACCAGAUACCUUAACAUUUUAAUUUUAUAACCCACUUUUCAAUAUUUUAUUUUUUUACAAUAUCUCUGUAUAUGAGAAUUGGUUGGUAAAAAAGAUUCAAUGCUUCACAUCCAGAAUUGGCCAUGUCCAAAAAAUUUGUUUACAAAAACCAAACAUUAAUUUUGAAGUUCGAAAACUUCAGAAAGCAAAUUAGAAAAGAUUGCAAUUUUUUUUUUAAUUACAAUGCAUUUCAUUACUCCUAUUACAUGUUUACAAAAAAAAAAUUGAAGUUUGUUUGAAAACUUCUGAAACAAAAUCAGAAGAGAAAGCACAUUUUUACUUUAACAAUUACAAUGCAUUUUAUUACUCCUAUCACAUAUAUUUCCAAGUGUCAAAAUAAUUGUAUGUUAGACACCAAACAGCCAUAGUUUAUUAUGUGCUGUGGUGUCAUUGAACAAAUAUUCCUUCUUGUAUUGUUAUUAAAGUGACAGACCCUAAUUUUUAAACACUACAACAUAUUUUUCACUAUUAAAGCCAUUUUCAGUAUUCUAAAUUAGAAGUACGGUACUUAAAUUUUAUUAUUUAGAAUAUUCAAUUUCAUACACCUGAUGUGGUUCUGGUCAUCCAGGUUUUUGUAAUACACCAAAAUGCAUUUUCAUAAUUCUAGAAAUGCACGUUCAUCUGAGAAGUAAUGAUUUUCAAGACAAGGUCUUGUUAUUUUUAGUCGGUAUUUCCUCGUUUAAACAUCACAGAGUUUAGUUUGACUCUGUUACAACUUUAUCCAAAUGUGUUGUAGGUUUGUAGAUUAAAUAAACUUAGUGUCCAUUUCCACGAGUUGAAACUAGGGUCUGUACUUUUAAUUAUUAAUACACAGUGCUUUUGAGGAGUUUUGUGAAACUUAUUGGAGUGCUUUUUUUACAAAAGUUUUUCUCUUUUUUUAUCACGUACGAAAACUCUCGUGGCAGCUACGGCUAAACUGUUAGUUAAUUUGACUAUAUAAAGCAUAUUCUUUCAUGAACAGUUUUAUACUCCGGUGUAAAUUAAGCUUUAAUUUAACAUGAGUGGUGAAUGUAAAUUCAUUUGUAUGAAAGAAUAUGGAAUAGAAUUCCUACAUUACAGUCAACUAACUGACCAUCCAUAGACCAAAAAUAUAACUGCUGGGAACCGAUGCUUGAUAUCACUACUGUCGUAAUGAUAAAUCUUGCUACAACUAGAGAAAAUCAUUAUAAAAUUUGUUUUCUAUUACGGUAAUGUCUUUUUGUUUUGGUGGGAUACUUAACAUUAUUCCAAGCAGUUCAUAUAACUUUAACAGUGUAAAGCAUGUUUGACAUGACACAUCAAACGGUGACAGUCAAUCAUCAGGACUAAUAUCAGAUGUCGGUCCCAGAUGGUGACAGCCAAUGAAUUCAGGGCUAAUAUCAGUUAUCGGUCCCAAACGGUGACAGCCAAUCAUCAGGACUAAUAUCAGUUAUCGGUCCCAAACAGUGACAGCCAAUCAAUUCAGGGCUAGCUCUGGCACUUGCGAAUUCACCAAUUGCGAAUUUCAAGAGCAAUUGACAAAUUUUAUUUUAAUUUGGCAAAAUAAUUUUACGAAAUAAUUGAUAUUUUGUUUAAAAAUAAGUGUGUUUCUGCAAUUGUUUAUAUUUAGUAGAUAAUUUGGUCCAGAGUUAGCCCCAAAUCAUUAAUAUGUAGCCGUUAAGAAAAUCUGUCCACUUUGUAUAUUUUAUUUAUAGACUUCCGUGCACUGUACAGUGAUGUAGAAACCAUUGCAGUAAGCCUUUGCUCAACUUUUCCCCAUAAUCCAUUAUGGGUUUCGCGAUCCACCAUCACUUAACACAAGUCAAAUGGAUCCGUUUUUACAAAUUUUAAUCAUCCAGAUACCUCAAUUUUAUUUUAUUUUAAUUUUAUAACCCCCUUUUGGGUGCCUUAAAUGUUUUUCAGUAUUUUAUUUUUUACAAUAUCUCUGUAUAUAACUUGGAGCUUAUUUAUAGUUAUACGUCUCAUUGUAUACAUAUACCAGCAUUUGUUUUUUAUUGUUAUGGUUUAUAUUUUUAAAUAUAUCAUAUACAUAUAUAUAUACUAGUAUUAAAAUAAAUGUAAUUGGCGGAUCCAAGGUAAAAGCAAGCAUGGAUGACAUUGCUAAGGCUGUGGUGCUGAUAGACAGGGAGAGAGGUGGGUAGAAAUUUUACAUAUGAUGUGUAUUGUCACAUUCAUUUUAACUUACUUUCCUGCUUAUAUCCAAUUAAGGUUCAAGCACUCUGUCCUGGGCACACACCUCAGAUAUCUGAGCUGUCUGUCCAGGACAGUGGGUUAGUUGUUAGUUGGUUA